AUGGAGACGGUGCUGCUGGAGCACUUCCCCGGGGGGCUGGACUCGUUCUCCUCGCCCCCCUACUUCGACGAGGAGGACUUCUUCCCCGAGCCCGCCCCGCGGGAGGCGCUGGGCGCCGACGGGCUGCUGGAGCCCGACGUGGACUUGCUGAGCCGCCAGCUGCAGGAGUACUACCGCGACGGCGGCGACCCCGACGGCGGCUACUGCUGCGAGGCGGCCGCCGCCGCCUUCCCCCCGUCGCCCGCCUCGCCCGGCUUCGCCUACGAGUGCUGCGGGGCGGCGGGCGCGGCGCUGCUGUCGCCGGGGGGGCGGCUGCAGGCGCUGGGCUCGGCCAAGAGGCGGCGGCGGGUGCGCUCCGAGGCGGAGCUGCAGCAGCUCCGGCAGGCCGCCAACGUGCGGGAGCGGCGGCGGAUGCAGUCCAUCAACGACGCCUUCGAGGGGCUGCGCUCGCACAUCCCCACGCUGCCCUACGAGAAGCGGCUCUCCAAGGUGGACACGCUGCGCCUCGCCAUCGGCUACAUCAACUUCCUCAGCGAGCUGGUGCAGUCCGACCUGCCGCUGCGCAGCGCCGGCAGCGAGAGCCCCAGCCAGCCCAAGAAAAUCAUCAUCUGCCACCGCGGCACAAGAUCCCCCUCCCCGAGCGACCCCGACUACGGCCUCCCCCCUCUGGCCGGCCACUCGCUGUCGUGGACUGACGAAAAGCAGCUCAAGGAACAAAACAUCAUCCGGACAGCCAAAGUGUGGACCCCCGAGGACCCGCGGAAGGUGCCCAACAAAGCCUCCCUCAACGACAUCGAGAACGAGCCCCCCUUCGACUUCGUGGCGUGA